ACCGCUGCUUUCCUUCGCUCGGCGCCAGCCGCUGUUAGGCCUGAACGAGGGCCGACGGCGAGCCGGCGCAGCUGCACCCUGAGCGCCAGCGCGGGCUGGUGGGCCGCGCACCUUUCCUCCUCCUGAUUCCCCGCGCCCUCGGACAUGGUGGCCCCCGGCUCUGUGACCAGCCGGCUGGGCUCGGUGUUCCCUUUCCUGCUGGUCCUGGUGGAUCUGCAGUACGAAGGUGCUGAAUGUGGAGUAAAUGCAGAUGUUGAGAAACAUCUUGAACUGGGCAAGAAAUUACUUGCAGCUGGACAGCUGGCUGAUGCUUUAUCUCAGUUUCAUGCUGCAGUAGAUGGUGACCCUGAUAACUAUAUUGCUUACUAUCGGAGAGCUACUGUCUUUUUAGCUAUGGGCAAAUCAAAAGCUGCACUUCCUGAUUUAACUAAAGUGAUUGAAUUGAAGAUGGAUUUCACUGCAGCAAGAUUACAGAGAGGUCAUUUAUUACUCAAACAAGGAAAACUCGACGAAGCAGAAGAUGAUUUUAAAAAAGUGCUCAAAUCUAAUCCAAGUGAAAAUGAAGAAAAGGAAGCCCAGUCUCAACUCAUAAAAUCUGAUGAAAUGCAACGUUUGCGUUCACAAGCACUUCAUGCUUUUGAAAGUGCAGAUUAUACUGCUGCUAUAACCUUCCUUGAUAAGAUUUUAGAGGUUUGUGUUUGGGAUGCAGAACUACGAGAACUUCGGGCUGAAUGUUUUAUAAAAGAAGGGGAACCUAGGAAAGCUAUAAGUGACUUAAAAGCUGCAUCAAAAUUGAAGAAUGAUAAUACUGAGGCAUUUUAUAAAAUCAGCACACUGUACUACCAACUAGGAGACCAUGAACUGUCCCUCAGUGAAGUUCGUGAAUGUCUUAAACUUGACCAGGAUCAUAAAAGGUGUUUUGCACACUAUAAACAAGUAAAGAAGCUUAAUAAGCUGAUUGAAUCAGCUGAAGAGCUCAUCAGAGAUGGCAGAUACACAGAUGCGACCAGCAAAUAUGAAUCUGUCAUGAAAACAGAGCCAAACAUUGCUGAGUAUACAAUUCGUUCAAAAGAAAGGAUUUGCCACUGCUUUUCUAAGGAUGAGAAGCCCGUUGAAGCUAUUAGAAUAUGUUCUGAAGUUUUACAGGUAGAACCUGACAAUGUGAAUGCUCUGAAAGACCGAGCAGAGGCCUAUUUAAUAGAAGAAAUGUACGAUGAAGCUAUUCAGGAUUAUGAAACUGCUCAGGAACACAAUGAAAAUGAUCAGCAGAUUCGGGAAGGUCUAGAGAAAGCACAAAGAUUAUUGAAACAGUCGCAGAAACGAGAUUAUUAUAAAAUCUUGGGAGUAAAAAGAAAUGCUAAAAAGCAAGAAAUCAUUAAAGCAUACCGAAAAUUAGCACUGCAGUGGCACCCAGAUAACUUCCAGAAUGAAGAAGAAAAGAAAAAAGCUGAGAAAAAGUUCAUUGACAUAGCAGCUGCUAAAGAAGUCCUUUCUGAUCCAGAAAUGAGGAAGAAGUUUGAUGAUGGAGAAGAUCCCCUGGAUGCAGAGAGCCAACAAGGAGGUGGUGGCAACCCUUUCCACAGAAGCUGGAACUCAUGGCAAGGGUUCAACCCCUUCAGCUCAGGCGGACCAUUUAGAUUUAAAUUCCACUUCAAUUAAACCAACUGUUUUUCUGCUCUUCUUCCUUAAUUUUUUUAAAGAUUAAAAACAAAGAAACCUUGUUCUGGGAUCCUAA